GCCGGAUGGCGUCGGGGCCGGCCGUAAUCGACGCCGCUGCCCGCAAGAGCUGCGUCCGCGCGGCCCAGCCCGCUGGGUGGUCUCGGCGGGGAGGCCCUGCGGGCGCUGGCGGCUGCGCUGUGGGCGGGUCGUGGGGUCCCUGCGUCGCGGGGCCCGGCUGCCCGGAGUUCGUACCCCUCUGUCCCUGUCAGAUGGUUCUGCUGGCACCCCGGCCGGCCUCACGGUCGCGGAGGCCAGCCCCUAGGAGGGAGGCUGCGUGGUGGGAGGGCAGCCCCUUCGCCCUCUGGGAGCCCGUGUUCUCGUCUGCGAUGUGGGAUGCUGAUGCCUGUCUCGCCGGGCUCUUGUGACCGUUGAGAAGUUAAUGAACGUGAGGGGGUUGGUAGAACGCCAACACUCCUUCCUUUGGCGUCUGUAUCCAUCUGUGGUUCCUAGAGCUGCACCCCCAUUAGAUGGGUCACGUGGAGGCAUCUGGCCCGGGGCAAGUUUGCACUCGGAACUGGGGGGACGCGGUUCUCACCCACCUGAUGUGACAGUAAUGCCGAACCGCCUGGCCGCUCCCUAGUCAUGGGACCGGUCUUAGCAAGCACUGUGCUCGGUGUCAUAUAAGGCCCUGGGUGGGGUGCAGAGGUGAGCAGGCCCAGGCCCUGCCCUCGGGAUCGACCUCAGCGCCCCCGUUUUUGGGUGUUGGGGAGCUGUGCUGAGUUGUCUCCUCCCUGGUUACCUGUCAUCUCUUGAGGACCGAGUUCACAGGUCGUCCCUGCAGGGGUCUUCCUGCUGCCCCCCCACCAGUCUUUCCUUGGUCCAUACCAGAGUUUACUGUUUUUCUCUGGGAACAGGUCUCUUGUACGCUGAUAGUAAUGUCUGUGGAGGGAUGGUGCAGGUUCUGUCACAGAGUAUCAGAAAGUGCCGGUUGGGCUGAUCCUUUGAGGCUGUACAUGUUGGGGAUGCCUGUCCACCCUGGCCUGGAUGUGUACACAGGACAUGUGGUCACGUGAUGGGUGCCCGCACACGCUGUUGUUGACACAGCCUGUCUCACGUGUGUGUGAAGUCCUUACACCGGAUCCUGGGUUAGGGCUGGACUUGUUCAUCAGACACAGGUGGGCCUAGUCCCGCCAGAUUCCGACUCAGGUAUAUGGGAUUGUAGUGAGAGAGUCCUGAGGCCACGAAGGGCUGACAUCCAGGGGUCAAGGGCAGUGCUCAUGGGUGGAUGCACCCCUCAGCCUCUCUUUCUCCUUGCAGCUCAGAGCCCUGGCGCUGUGGAGGAGAUUCUAGACCGGGAGAACAAGCGAAUGGCCGACAGCCUGGCCUCCAAGGUCACCAGGCUCAAAUCGCUUGCCCUGGACAUCGAUAGGGAUGCAGAGGACCAGAACCGGUACCUGGAUGGCAUGGACUCGGAUUUUACAAGCAUGACGGGCCUGCUCACGGGGAGUGUGAAGCGCUUUUCCACAAUGGCGCGAUCUGGGCGAGACAACCGGAAGCUUCUGUGCGGUAUGGCCUUGGGACUCAUCGUGGUCUUCUUCAUCCUCUCCUACCUUCUGUCGAGGGCAAGGACGUGAACCAGUGGGAGCUGGCGUCUGUGGGUGCACAGGGCAACCAGCAUCUUCCUCUACCUGGUGUCCUGGGCUCCAGAGGACCUUCCUACAAAAUACUCCUUUGGAACGAUGAUCGUGGCUUAGGAAUCUUCUUCCUGUGUGGCUGGGAGCCCAUGGCUGCUUCUGGCCCAGUGAGAUCAUGUUGGCUGUCCCAUGUUGCUGGUCCCAUGCAGACAUGGGACCCUUUCCUUUGGGGAAACCAAGGCCCAGCACCCUCUGCCACUCCAGGUGCUAGAGGUGCCAACAGAGCCAGGUCUGAGCAAAGGAGCUAGGAAUCCUGGACGUGGCUACCUGUGGUCAGUCCUUCCCCCAGCCCUAGGGGCUCUGAUGUCUCCAGGCACCUCUGCCCCAUCCUUGUCUAGGUAAGGCCACGUCUGGUGUCUGAGGUGCCUGGAGCUGAUAGAGAAGGGGUGUUUCUGUGAAGCUCCAGGCAGCACUGUCUGUUCCAACCGACAGUCUCAGCCUAGAGAUGGUGGUUAUUCCUGGCCAGGGGUCCUGAGCAUGGGUGGACCAGUGAGGCCUCUGUGCCUGCUCUCUAGUCCCAUGGCUGAAGCCAGACCCUUGGGGAAGUGCAGGGGGUUGUGGAUGAGGAGUGGGCUGCAGCCUUGGCUGGAGGCACUGGGCCCGGAUCCUUCUGGAUUUUGUGGUCAUGUAUUCCAGGAGCAGAAAUUCAUAUUUUGUCAGGAUGCGGAAUCUCCCCAGCGCCAAAUAUGUGUUUUUGGAGACUAGAUGUCUAGAAACAGGCCCAUUUGGUAUUUCAGAGUCAGUCAGGGUAUGGGAGUGAGGGGGACCUUUUGUGGGCCCAGACAGGAGGCUUUCCUGUAAGGACUUUCUUCAUAGGACCUGUAAGUCACUUCUUGAGGAUCACCAGGCAGUUUUUCCUCCACCAGGCCCAGCCCUUCCUCCCACAGCAAGUCUCUCCUUGCUGUGAGGGAGGUCUGAGCCACACCCUCCUCCCCAGCGUCUGCAGAUGGCCCUCCCUGCCCCCCUCUCCCAGGGCCCUCACUGCCCACUUGGCCAGCCCCGUGCUCACACCAACUGAAGCACAGGCCCAGCUGGAUCACUCGCCUCUUCUCUCCCCACAGCAAGAUCCCAGCAGCUUUGUGUUCCCAUGAAAACACUUGUAAGAAACGAGUUUUUGGCUUUUUGUGCUUCCUUGUCCUUGUUCCCAUCUUUCCCAGUCACUCUUCUUUAUUCCUGGAAUACUGUUGGCUCAUCAUCCACCCACCCACACUGUUACACCACAUGUGGUCACACAUGUGGACCACGCAUCAGCCACAGCCUGGCGCUUGUCAGCUCCUGACGCCCCCAUGCUCUGGUCUUCAUCCCUGGGCACCUUGCCUUCUGCCCUUCUCCCUUCUCCUUCCUCUCCCUCCUCUGUCCAUCAGGCCCAACCCCUCCUCACCAUAGUGCUCUCCUCCCUUCCAUCGGACUUGGCUGGGCCCCUUAGUCUCCUGGAGGAGGAGGAUGGCACCUUCUUACUUCCAGGCACUGUGUUCUGAUCACCCCACUGCUCUAGCAUGCUCGGUUUGCAGCACACAGAGAUCUGUGUGCCUGCCUGCACGUCUCUGGGGCUCGUCUGCUGCCCCCCAACCCUUGCAUGUACCUUCACAGGCCCCUGUGGUCCUUCCUCACUCCCCAGCGUCCCUGCACACCGUGGCUUUGGCUUAGCCUUUUCCUCAUCUUACGUUGCACCUUGUCACAGGGACUUGUCCACUGGUUACCAAGCUUGAUAGCCGCUGUCUGCACAGCGUCUCCAUCUUGUUGCCACAGGCCCGCAGAAGCAAAUCAAGCUCUGGUCCUGGGUCUCAGGUGCUAACCUCACUUCCUGAGAGCCUGCCUCAGCCACGGGAAGACUGCCACACCGAGGAUGCCGUUGCUGUGCUGUGCCCACUCAUCUUGCCAGUGUAGAUGAGGAAUUUAGAUUCUGCGUUUCAAGUGACCUUGGAAAGUGCUUUUUGCUGUCUCUUUUGAGACCCAUUUUCUCUUCGGUCUCCAUCUCUGCCUCCCCACCUCCAUCUUCAUGGCUCCCUAUAGCCCUGCCAGGUCUUGGGUCUGGGUUUUACUUCCUUUCUGGUUUACCUUUUGUUCCUCGUUCUCAUUGUUUUGGGAUGAGUUCCGUGACAGGGGCUUGGCAGGGCAGGGUUUCCUGUGGGGCCUUCACCUCCCCCCCCCACCGCCCCUUGGCCCUGUACCCUCAGCACCUAAUCCUGUGUAUCAGUGGGGUUUGCUCACAUUGAUCCUAAGACCAGGAAUACAAAAAAACCUGGGUGCCAGUCUGUGCCUGACAGGUUGCCAGGCCCUAUUCCAUAAUCCACGGACAAGACAUUAACAGUAAAAGUUGGAAUAAACAGCUUCCUGACGAAGUACACGUGGUCUCUGAUGCUCUCGUUUUUUUCGGGGCCUGAGAGUUUUGUCUGGAACUGACCAUGGUCCACAGACUGGCCGUGGGCACUGAGUGUCUAGACCCUGCUUCCUUCCCCGUCUCCGGUUCCCCCGGGUCCCUGCCCCACUUCACUUGUCCCCUCCGGCGGGCGGUCACAGGCUGCCACUUCCUGCUGCUCUGUCCAUGUUUCUGUAACUCAAGUGGGGCUAAUGAUAGCAUUACCUCUCAAGGGUUAAACGAAUAAAUGUGAGGUGCUUAGAACAUGUAGCCUGGCCUGGUCCCAGCUGAGUGAGGGUCAACAUCUGUAUUGUGCUUUGUACAGCUACAGUCGGUGGUCCCACGGGUGACAGGGCCACCUGCCCUGAGGUCCUCAGUGACCUCUCAAGGUGAGGUGAAAUCGUAGAGGCCUGGCCUUGGACUGUGGGCAGCCUCUGCAUAUGCCUCUCUUCAGGCACAGCUCAGAUGUACCUUCCCUGCCCACGUCCUGUGCUUCCUGUAUUACCUUUGAUAUGUAACAGGUCACCUUAAAAGUUAGUCACUUAACAUUGCAAUAAUAAUUUAUGUCCCAAGACCACUGUGGUCAGACUUUGCGACAGGCAGAGCAGGAAUUGCUGUCUCUGCUCUAGGAUGUCAAGGCCUCAGUUGGGAGUUGUGAGGCUGGGGGUGCCAUCACGGUGAGGCUCGCUCACGCAUCUGCAGGUCGUGUUGGUGUGAGCUGAGGGCCCAGCUGGGCUGACUGCCUGGAGGCUGCGCAGGGCCUCACAUGUGUUGAGCUUUCUCACCACGUGCUGGCUGGUGCUUAAGGUGAGCAAAG